AUAAGUUGAGUGAGCUGUACAAAAGGUUCAGCAAUGUGAAGCUUACCCCUAGUAAAAUUCCUGAUUUGUUGGAUCGUUUGUCAGAUGUGGAGGCAGAUGCUGAAGGGGAAGAGCGUCAGAGUGAUUUCAGUAGUGAUAAUGAGGGGACAGCGUCGUCUGAUGAGUUUGAUUCAUCAUCGAGUGAGGAGAGUAGCGAGGGGAUUGAGGAUGAGUCAGCGGAUGUGGGCCGCCCCAAGGCACCUGUAAGGAGGCGUGCAGGACGUCUUCAACAGCCUAAUCCCGAUGCUGCCUCCAGGCAUAACUGUCCCAGUGCCAAUUACCCCCCUGCAAUUUAUUCAAUUAUUUCUGACCCGUGCCCUAAUUGAGUUCAUCACAGUGGAAACUAACAGGUAUGCCAGGCAGUUUAUUCAGAAUGCUUCCAGGCGCACUAUGAGGUUGUGGAAGGAGGUAUCUGCGAAGGAAAUGGCAAGGUAUUUGGCUUUAUCAAUCUUGAUGGGUAUUGCACGACUCCCAACAAUGCGCAUGUACUGGCAAACAAGCCGGUUGUGGCAUAUGAGGACCUUCAAUGUGUUCAUGACUGCAAAACGAUUCCAACAUAUUGCCCAGUUUUUUCAUACUUAUAACCAGUUUGCAAUUCCACCCAACAACAAGAACCGCAUGAUAAAACUCAGCACCAUCAUUACCUAUUUGACCAACAAAUUUGGCUCUUACUACGUCCCCAAUCAAGCACUCAGUUUGGAUGAAGGUACAAUGUCGUGGCGUGGUCGUCUAUCCUUCAAGGUUUACAACCCCAAUAAGCCUGAUAAGUAUGGGGUAAAGUUGUACAUGCUUGCUGAGGCAGGGACUGGUUAUAUUAUUGAUUUCGAGGUUUAUUCUGGAGUGGGCAAGACAACAGUUGAGACAGUGAUGGGCCUUAUGCGACCCUUGUUGAACAAAGGUUAUCAUCUUUAUAUGGACAAUUAUUAUAACUCUGUCCAUCUCACAGAAUUGCUAAGGGAAAAUGGGGUGUACACUUGUGGAACACUCAGAUUGCAGCGUGGUGCCCCUAAAGAGCUGCAAAAACUUGCCAAAGGUAAAUUCGCUGUUGAUCAGACUAUUUUCAGGCGCAAGGAUAACACUUUUGUUAUCCUUUGGAAAGACAAGAGAGUGGUGUCAGUGAUCACAAACUGCCAUAAUGCUGACACACAGGAAGUACAGAGAAGGAAGAGAGUGAAGAAACGUGACGGAACAUCAUCUGUUCAGAUUGUAACUGUAAACAAACCAACAGCCAUUUGCGACUACAACAACAACAUGAAGGGAGUUGAUCACUUCGACCAAAUGGUCAAAUAUUACAGGUUCACCAGGAAGUCGCAUAAGUGGACUAAGAAGAUCACAUUUUACUUCCUUCAGAUGGCUUUACACAAUGCCUAUGUGUUGUACAAGAUGUACACAACUGAUGCCAAGAAACUGACCCUACUCCAGUUUCAUGAAGUAGCAAUAUGGGCCCUGUUGGGGUGGGACAUGGAUGAGUGGCCUGCUACUGAAAGCCCUCUCCCACAUGCUGAUGAUUACCAGGAUCCUUCUCAUGAUUUGGCAACACCUGGCCCAUCUGGAGCGAGGCGUCCUUUAUUUCAUCGUCUUCCACGCCAACCACAUGCCUCAUCCUCAUCAGACACUGAACCUGAAACUGAAACGCCUGCACCUCAAGCUGAAGCUACUCCUCCACCUGUGAAAAACCCCCGCAUUGUUGAUUCAGAGGACAGGCUAAACAGGAAGUUGACUCAUGCAUUAGUGAAAAUUGCUAAACGGAAACGGUGCCGAGUUUGUAUCAAGUCGGGAAUUAGAAAAGACUGUAUGUAUCAGUGCAGGACAUGUGGAGUUGCUCUAUGUGCCACACCAUGCUACUCAAAAUAUCACCGCAAGAGGAUAUUUUGGAAAGCAAAGAAAUAACUCCUCUGCAAGCUUCCACUCCACCUAACGUAACAUCUGUUGAGCAACUUCAGGGACAUUUUCCUGAAGCCGGUGGAGUGGAUAAUCAAAUGCUCAACUUGUUGACCUUCCUUCAUCACAUCGUGGGUAAGUACACAUAAUUUAUAUUACACAUUUUGAGGUUAUUACUUCUUCAUACUUUGCUGUGGGUAGCUCUAUAUAUAUUCCAGUUCUUAGUGCUCAGAUUGGUAUGUCUACAUAGUGCAUCUUCUUGCGAGUAUUUUGACACCAAAAUGAACAAUGUAGCACAAAAACUUCCAUUGGAACAAUAUUUUUGUUUGUCGGGUGUAUUGGGUGUACCGGGCGUGGAAACGGGUGUUUGGGCGGGUGAGGCAUCGACGUGUUUGGGGGUGUUUGGGGGUGAGGCGCGCACGUGUAACCCACUUUUAUGCAUAUGUCUGUGUAGGCAAUUUUAUUGCGAUCACCGUGAUACCAAACAAAACCAUAUGCAACAAGUUUUGACUUGAUAAACACAAUCAGAGUAGCAACAUAUAGGGAGAGUUUAGCGGAGUUUAGCGUGAGCGCGAAACAAAGCACGCAGUUCUUUGGUUGCUGGUCGCCUAAUGUUAGCUUUGGUGAAAUGUUAUACAUAUGUUCUUAUAGUACAUUUCAUUAGCUACACAGUGAUACCAAAAAAAAACACGUACAUCGAAAAUGAGGGUCACAGACAUGAGGAGAGUAUAAACUUUUCAGUUGUGGUUGAGCGCAUGUGCAGCUGGGCGCGCUCCGGCGGGUAACCCUAAGCCAACUUCCCACAUUCCUGUGGGUGGGGCGACACCAUUAUUUAUUGUGUAUAUUUAUAUGUCCGUGUAGGGAAUUUUAUUGCGGUCACAAUGAUACCAAAAUAAACCACGAAUAAUAAUUCUGGGGUUCGCAAACAUAAAAACAUCGUAAACAUUGAUGCCCGGUUUUACGCUCACAGCUAACGACCGCCACAGUUUGUUAUUCGGUGUGGUUCUCAUGUUGUCUUUGGUGACAUUUUAUAUAUAUAUUCCUCUAGAGCAUUCUCUCGCGAACACAAUGAUACCAAAUUUAAAUACAUGCCGCCAAAAUUAAGCUCCCCACCCCGAAAAGAUUAUAAACAUUUUAGUGCUG